AUGCUACUGUUUGCAGAAAAGGAGAAACAAAAGGGUGCGAACAUAGCACACCCAGUGGGCAACUGGGAAUCCACUCUCGAAAAAUCCAUCAAGAGCAUUGUUUCUAUAAAGGCAUCGCAUACCCGAGCAUUUGAUACCGAUGUUGCUGACUCUUAUACAGCGACAGGAUUUAUUGUCGACGCUAAACGAGGUCUCAUCCUUACAAACCGUCAUGUUGUUUCACCUGGUCCCAUUGUCGCCUCUGCCAUUUUAACAAAUUAUGAAGAGAUCGAUCUCAAACCUAUCUACCGAGACCCAGUGCAUGAUUUUGGCUUUAUGCAAUUCGAUCCGUCCAAAGUGAAAUUUAUGGACCUGCAGGAAAUUCCGCUUCAUCCGGAGAGGGUCAAGGUCGGCUUGGAUAUUCGUGUCGUUGGUAAUGACGCCGGGGAAAAAUUAAGUAUUCUAGCUGGAACCCUGGCAAGAUUAGACCGCCGAGCUCCAGAGUAUGCUAUUGGCGGAUAUCAAGAUUUCAAUACUUUUUAUUUACAAGCUGCAUCAGGUACAAGCGGUGGAUCGUCCGGUAGUCCUGUACUUGAUAUCUACGGUCAUGCCGUCGCCUUAAAUGCCGGUGGUGCAACCUCCGCAUCAUCAAGCUACUAUUUACCACUCGAUAGAGUCAAGCGGGCAUUGGAUUACAUUCAACAAGGAAAGACCGUUCCUAGAGGUACACUACAAGCUGAAUUCGAGUACCUUCCCUAUGAUGAAGUCCGCCGACUGGGCCUUAGCCCGUCCAUCGAGCAACUAGUGCGAACCAUGUACCCUGCUGAAACUGGUAUGCUGGUUGUCAAGUCUAGGCUGCCUAAGGGUCCAGCUGACGGACACCUCGUGCCUGGCGAUAUUCUACUUCGGGUCAAUGAUGAAGUGGUGGUUAACUUCAGUCAAUUAUUUGAGGUCAUUGACAAUUCAGUUGGUAAAAGCAUCUCAUUGUCCGUGGCUCGGGGUGCCAACAUCUUGCAACUCCAAGUGACUGUACAAGACCUGCACUCUAUCACGCCUAGCCGGUAUUUGGAGAUCGGUGGCAGCGUUCUAAAUGAGCUGUCCUACCAAAUCGCCCGUUCAUACUCUCUACCCGUAGGAGGCGUCUAUGUUGCAUCUGCCGGCCACAUGUUUGCAACUGCCUUUAUAUAUCGUAAAAGUAUCAUUAUCAGUGUCAACAAUGAAGCAACACCAACACUGGAUGAUUUUAUUCGUGUCAUUCAAUCUAUACCGGAUGGUGCACGGGUUCCCAUAAGAUUCUACAGUUUGGCAGCCUCUCUCAAGGAUAAGGUCAUGGUCAUUCAUGUCGACCGACAUUGGCAUCCGUGCAGACAGGCUACUAGAAAUGAUUUGACCGGAGAAUGGGACUAUGAGGAUUUACCAAAGCCAACCUCCAAGUUGACAGUUAUGCCUUCAACCGCAACGUUCCCUCCACUUGACCCAUCGCUGAAAUUAGCCCAAGAUUUAAUGCCAUCGUUUGUAGCCAUCGAUUUCCAUAUGCCAUACCUGGUGGACGGCAUGAAGAACACACAGUACUUCGGUUGUGGGCUUAUCGUUUCUCUCGAACCACCUCUUAUCAUCUGUGAUCGCGAUACUGUUCCCGUGGCCAUUGGAGACAUUCAUCUCUGCUUCGCCAACAGCAUUUCUAUCCCUGGAAAACUCAUUUUUCUCCAUCCCUUCAGCAAUUACGCCGUGCUUUCAUUUGACCGCAAACUACUUGGUGACACACCCAUUCGAGCCGCCAAACUCAGCUCUGAGCGUUUAAAUCCAGGCGAUCAAGUUAACUUUGUAGGACUGGCGGGUGAUAACUCGGCCAUGUUGAGGCGAACAGCAGUAUCCUCCAUUUCCAAUAUAGCGACGAGAGAAUCGCAGCCACCUCGUUACCGCGCAAUGAAUACCGAAUGCGUUAAAUUGAGUGAUACGAUUGGAUGUCAAGGCGGUGUGGUCGCCAACGACGAGGGAGUUGUUCAAGCGUUCUGGAUGACCAUCAAUUCAUUCUCGGAAGGACGAAGUGUUCAGUUCAUGGCGGGAUUAUCCAGCUCUGCUUUCAAACCGAUCAUCGACAUGCUGGUCGCUGGGGCACACACAGGUGUACGGUCCAUUGAUGUGGAGCUCUGGGCGAUGGGCAUUGCUAAUGCUAGAACGCUCGGCGUGACCGAUGCAUGGGUCAGUCGUUUAGAACAAAGCGGCCAAGCGCGGCAAAACUUGCUCUAUGUCCUAGGCAUCUUGGACUCCAGCAGCCCGGUUGCCAAGGUGCUCAAGGCUGGUGAUAUUGUGGUACAGAUCAAUGACAAGAUUGUGACUGGAAUGAGUGAUAUUGCAGACUUGGGUGAUGCUGCGUCAGUGAAGAUGGUAAUCUUUCGCGAUACGCAAGAGAUGACAGUCCAGGUUCCAACCACGCUUUAUAGCGGCCAAGAAACCACUCGCAUUAUCAAAUGGCAAGGCACCAUUAUUCAAGAACCCUACAAGGCGGUUUUGGAGCAAAUGCCUGAAGUCCCCACCGGUGUCUAUGUAUCUUGUACCCUCCAUGGCUCUCCUUCCAGUGACAAAAUCCAACCAGGGUCUUGGAUAACGGAAUUCAACGGCCGCCGGGUGUAUGAUAUGGACUCGUUCUUGGACGCGGUGUCGGAUGAGAGCAUCCAGAAUGAAGGCAUGGAGGGCUACGCGCGUAUUCAGACCGUUCAGCGUGGAAAUGUGAUCAAAGUCGUAGCGUUCAAAAUGGAUCCUCUGUAUUGGCCUACGCGGCUGGCCAGAAUAAGGCAAUGA